ACGUGAUACUAAUACGAGAAUCAAGAUGGCGACGUAGGGUACUUCCCUAAAGUCGACAGAAGUCUUCUGCUAAAUAUUGAGAUUUCAUUAGUAUGUAAUACUGCAAAUAUCGAAGUAUCAAAACAUGGCAUCGGGUGGAGGUUUUCAGCGCGUUACGAACCCGUUCGACUUGCCAACAUACCAGAAACGAAUCCGUCACCUCCGAAGUGUUGCUGUGAGGAACUUGGUAUGCCACACCUACCGAGGUAUCGAGGUGAUGAAGAUGCAAACCUUCUUCACGCUGCAUCGCAACACCAGGUCUCCAGCAUUUUACACAAGCGAGAAAGCUGUCGGCUCAGUGAAUCCUACAUGGAAGAGCUUUGACAUCAGCAGAUAUGAAAAAGAUGUCAAUUUGAAAUCCAAAUCUGUUGUGGUGAGGGUGUGGGUGUCUCAGGACGAUCGGUUCACCCUGCUCAUAGACCUCACCAUUCACCUUAGCGGACUGGCCUUCUUUGCUGAGAAGCUACAGCACAGCGGUGUCAAGUACAAUCCAAACACGGUCAUCUUCGGCAUGUUUGACAAGUACUUCAUCUCUGCUGAUGAGUCAAAGGCAUCUCCUGAACUACAGAGACAGAUGUCUGAAGUACAAACAAAUCUUCCCUAUCCCGAGACGCCAAGUUUCGUGUUUAGAGUAGACCAGUCCUUGAUACGAGGCGCGUACACAGCUAACUCAGUCUCACGCAUUCAGACAAUAUUGCGAGCCACACAACAAACUCAGGCCACUGUGAACAGAAUCCACACCUCCAUUGAAGACCGCUUGCUGUCAUCUCAGGAAACUGGCCAGAAGUUGUCACGGCGUGAGCAGCUUCUGGUGAAGGUGUCACAGCUGCGCAGCGAGCUGACUUGGCAGAUGACACAGCUGCAGCUGGAGAAGGACAAGUACGACAGACAGAGAGGGGAGAGCACUCAGAAGGAACAUAGCUUCCGUGAUCAGGAGUCCAACCUCCACAAAAGCAAGACUCACCAUGAAGACAAGAAAAAGUCAUAUGUACAGACCAGAGAGACACUAGUGAAGGAGAACGCACAGCUGCUGAUACGGAGGAAGCAGUUGGUGGGAGAGAUGGCCACAUACAUAUAUCCCAUAGCAGAGAACAAGAAGAAGCAUAUCUGUAUAUGUGGUGUGUGGCUGCCUAAUGCCGAGGACUACCAAGGUCAAGACGAGACAAUGAUAGCAGUUGGACUUGGGUACACCUGUCACCUGACAAUGAUGGUGUCCCAGUUCCUUGACCUUCCAUUGCGAUAUAUGAUGAUUCAUCGAGGCUCAAGGUCACAGAUCAAAGAUCAUAUACACACGAAGCUCUCGGACAAAGACAGAGACUUCCCACUCUACAGCAAGGGAAAGGAGAAGUUUCAGUUCAACUAUGGCGUCUUUCUUCUCAAUAAAAACAUCAGUCAGAUCCGGUUCUGCUGUGGCCUCGGGACGACUGACCUCCGACUGACGCUGCCCAACUUCAGGACCCUGCUGGAACUCAGGCUUGGAGUUAAACUAGACGGACCUUCUACUCGGUCCCUCACUCCAACUAGUGGUACAGGAAAUAGCAUCACCAGCUCCACAGCACGGGACAGUACGAGGAGCAUCGCUGGCUCCAGUUCUGCCUCCAGUCUCGCCCGUAAGGAGGAGGUGAUCUCCGCCCAGCAGGACGACAGUUCCAACAAUGACACAACCAACACGUCCGACCUCGAGGACAAGGAAAACCGGGAAAACAAGGACAGGAAAAAGGAAUUUGAUGAAACAGACACUCUAUUCGAGGCAAAUGACGAUGAUUUCUUCAAGAUUAGCCAGUCAGCUCCACCUGGUGGUAACGUUAAUAUAAACGCGUCUGUUGAGGAUUUUGACAAGGCUGUGAUUGACUUGCAAGGCAGUGAGGCACUGAUUGACCAAGAUGAGAAGUUAAAUGAUAUGGAAGCUCUCAAGGCCACGCUCCAUAUACACUUCGAUAAUAGUGACAGCACGUCCAGUCCGAGCGUGUCAUACGACGAGGGGGACAUUUCCUCAGGGGAAGAACGUUUACAGCACCGUAAACAUGGAAACCAGGAACUUGGUGACGAGACGGAAUCGGUAAGAAGUGAUUGUGAUAAAUUGUUCACGGAGAACCAGGACGUGACACAGACAGACAUUCCACCAAUCGCGACGUUCAAAACAGGCGCGUUUCGGACUUUAGUUGGGAAUGAACGCGAGUCGUCUCCUGACACAUGCUUGACAGAGGAUUAUCUGAAUACGGCAAAGGUUGUGUCAUAAUAAUAUGCUGUGCUAAUUCCAAUCCUGAACAGAUGGUAAUAUGUCUUGGAAAAUAUCACAGGCUGAUUUGGUGCUAGAAAUCCAGGAAAGGGGUCUUUCCUUUGGCCGUGCUCACAAAGCAAUCUUAGAUAUGGCAAACAUAUGACUGUUUGAAGUUUGAGAUGUCACUGUGAUUGACUCUAAACUGGUUCAUGUAAUGGUGUAGUAUAUAUUAAUGAUUAGGGCUGCAACGAUUCGGUGCGAAUCAUCGAAAAUCGAAUCUGACACAUUAGUUUCGAUUUUCGAUAACCAUUAUCACUAUUUCGAUUCGAUAUUUGAAUACUUAUUUAAAUUAAUUCUGCACAGAACGUAAUUUUGUCUCCAACUCAAGCAGUUUCGAGCCCUGAAAUAAGGCGAAACGUGAUUGAUUGAUGCCGGGUUAAUUAUCCAAUGAGGAUUGUUGUUAGUAGACAUUGCCAAGUUGAAAAUGGAUUUCACGCUGAGAAAGCCGAUUGAGAGUUAAAUGAAAUCUGAUGUUUUUACGUGUAUGAAGAAUCGAAUCGAAGGUCCAAUAUCGAAAAUCGAAUCGAAUCGAGGUCUGGGUGAAUCUUUGCAGCCCUAUUAAUGAUGUUUUUAAUGAAUGCAUUCAAAUUAUGACAUUUGCUUGAUGGAAAUGAAUGAAGAUAUAUGAAUGCACAGAGGGGGCACAAAUAUGAUCAAGGAACUUUCUUAUUUUAAAACGAAUUACUUUGAAAACACACUGAAAAGUGAUAUUUGAAAUCGCCCAAAAUACCAUCCCCAAAAAGUGUAUUGUGAAGCAUACAUUUGUAAGAAAGAACUGUGAUUUACAUGCACAAUUUAUACAUUCUAAUACAGGUUCCAUGAGAUCACUAAUACCUAAACAAAUGUCUAUUUGCUUUUAUUUUAAGGAUAUAUAAUGUUGAUAACCAAGUAUUUGCCUCAAGAGGCUCUGCCGUCUUAUCUACAUGAUACAGAUGCAGAUUCACGUAGAAUCAUUGUUGUUUGAGGUCAUAUUUAGCCAGGUUGUCAUAAUUUCAUGCGUUAUUUUGGGGAUUACAUUCUCUCUUUAAACUAUAGAUGCUAGUACUUUUAGGGGUUGCAUCCCAUCUGGUAUUCGAACCUGUACUCCUACUGUCACCUUAUUGCCAGCACACAAAUUUAGAGAUCUAACCCACUCAGCCACCACGGCUUCCACAAAAUCGGACAACUGGCAGUCACGAUCACCUACUUUGUGUACCCUUCUGACAAGUGUAAAUUGGCAUGGCACCUAAGCUUGAAAGCUAUGAAUACACAAUGCCAAUUAGAAAGUGGUCAUGUGACAUGUUGUAAUUGGGAUUACACUUUCUUAUGGAUGGUUGGUGAGUUUUAAUGAAUUUUCCAAGAUGUGUUACCAUGGUUACCAUAAUAAAACGGUAUUGUGAUAAAAAGA